UAAUCCUUCUAAUAAAAAAGUUAAUGGUAGUUCAACUAACAUUUUUUUUACUAGCAACGCAAUUUUUUAUAUUUUCUAAUGAAAUAUUUUUUUUCAUAUGUAUUUACUAUUUUUUUUUAAGUAACUAUGUGUUUAACUGGUUUAUUUAGUCAAGUCAUGAAAAUACAGUGAUAAUUCGAAUAAAAUUGCAUGUUUAAAAUUCUACGUAAAAAAUAUUGUGUAUGAAAUAAAAUUAUUUAGAUUAUUACUGAAAAUUUACAGACUAAAAUGGCUAAUGGACAGGAACCUAUGCAAGUAUGUUCAUUACCACUUCCUCCUGUUCAAUAUUUUCAAAAUUAUUCUGAUGAAAAUGUUAGACGAGGUCGAGCCCCAAAACCUCCACCAAUUAUACAAGAAACAUACACAAUGUUCGGUAACCCUUACAAUGCCGAAGACAGUAUUAUUCGACCAUUAGAAAGUCAAGGUUUUAAACGUCUAUACCCUCAACAUUUUGAUAGGAGACGAGAAUUACGAAAAUUAAACCAUUCAUUACUAGUAAACUUUUUAGAUUUACUAGAUCUAUUAAUUCAGUGUCCUGAUUCACCAAGACGAGCAGAAAAAGUUGAGGAUAUCAGCUUAUUAUUUAUUCACAUACACCAUUUAUUAAAUGAAUUUCGUCCACACCAAGCACGAGAAACCGUCCGUGUAAUGUUGGAUUUACAAAGAAGACAAAGAAAUGAAACAACUAUUCGUCUCCAAAAACAUAUAGAUAAAGUAAGUGACAUUUUACAACAAACGCUAGAAAAUUUGCCAGACACCGAAUUAGAUUCAAAAUUAUUGAUAGGUUCAGCUAAAAUUGAAAAAAUGGAUGUAACCAAUAAUGAUGAAAUUAAAACUGACAAAUGUAUACCAAAAGAUAAACUAAUGUGUCAUUUAAUUGAUAAUAUGCAUACAAAAAAGUGAAAUUUUUCAUUAUCAAUUUUUGGUAUAUAUAUUUAUUUACAUACAAUAUGAACUUUAAUUUUACUAAGUUUACAUUUUUUAAGUGUUAUUCUAUUAAUUAUGUAAUUGUAAAUAUUUAUAUAAUAGCAUUAAACAGUAUUCUAUAUGAAAAGUAAAUAAAUAUUAAUAAUGCUUUAGUAAUAUA